AUGGAGUGCAUUACAACUACGAAGUAUGCCCUGGCUUUAAAUGGUGGAGUAUAUGGAGAGAUAAAAGGGAAAAGAGGGCUGCAGCAAGGGGAACCAAUAUCCCCGUUGAUUUUUGUGAUUUGUAUGAAAUAUUUCUCAAGGAUUAUGGAUUGGAUGGCUGAUCAUGAGGGAUUUGCAUUCCACACCAAGUGCAGAAGUCUGAGACUUAACCAUCUUUGCUUCGCAGAUGAUAUGCUUCUAUUCUGCAAAGGAGAAUUUAAAUCAGUGGUGCUUAUGCUGCGUGGAUUGAAGACUUUCUCAUUUGCAUCUGGAUUGUGUACAAAUGCUAGCAAAUCAAGUAUUUUCUUUGUAAAUAUAAAUUCGCAGGUGCUUGAGAAUCUAAAAGAGUUAACUGGUUAUAAUACUGGUUCAUUGCCUUUUAAAUAUUUAGGGGUCCCAAUAUCAACAAUAAAGCUCUCAUCAAUGGACUGUGAAGUUUUGUUGGACAAGAUGACCAGCCGAAUCAAAACAUGGGGGACCAGGAAUCUAUCCUAUGCAGGUCAGCUUGGAGGCACUCCAUCUGGUACUUCAGAUCCACCCACACCAGUGCAUUCAGCAUUACUUGAUCCUCAGCCAGGGGAUAGAGAUGAUUAUGGGAGGAUUUAUCUCAUUCCAUUUGCGAUAGGGUUCAGGCCGAAUGCUAAAGUUGGAUAA